UUGUCUACCAGCAACAGCGGCGCCUCAGCGGAGAGCUCGCGCAGCGCAGCGCACCUGGACAUAUAACCGUCGCUGGACCCACACACACACACACACGCUCAUACACUCACACGGGCUGAGUGUGACAUGCGCUGCCACAUGUCAUGGCCUAAUGUUCCGACGUGAAAUGAGCGAGAGCGGAGCGGAGUGCGCUGUCAGUGUGCCGCGGCUCGGUCCUCAGCGCCCUGAGCUGUGUCAUCGCGUCUGUCGUGAUUUCGCUCAGCCUGUCCUGUCAGUCAGUUGACGAGGGCGUGCGUCGGUGUUUCUGCUCUUAAACCGGCUCACUGUCUUUGUUUCAUUUUAUUGUCUUUAUUAAUCCGAACCGGAGAGGUGUGUGUAUGUGUCUGGAUGUGUGUGUCUGGAUGUGUGUGUUCUCCAUGACUACACCGGGAAAGCGGGCUCGCGCGUCUCCCGGACACAGCUGCUUGACAACCCGGAUUUUUUUUUUCUUCUUCAGUCUGAUUGUUUUUUGGUUGUUGCUUGAUUGAGCUCGGAGAAAAAAAAAAUCCCCCUCAUCCGAGGGGUGACUCGACCACCACUCCCCUCCCUCUGAUUUCCGCCACCCCCGGUUUUUCCAUAUGGGGGGUAAGCAGAGCACGGCGGCCCGGCCGCGGCCCCCUUUUCCCGGCGUGUCUACAGACGACAGCGCGGUGCCGCCGUCGGCCCACUUCGGCCACUUCCGGACGGCGGGCACGAUGGGGCUCCGCAGCCGCUCGGUGAGCUCCGUGGCGGGUAUGGGAAUGGAGCAUAACGGCGCGGUGCCCUUCGGUUUCUACACCAGCACCACCACCGCUACCGCAGCCACACAGGCCGCCCCGCCCAGAGCCACGGAGUCGGACCGGGCCGCGGCAGGACAGGGCUCCGGCUCGGGCUCGGACUCGGUACGCGCGCACGGCUACCGCGAGCCCGCCGGGGAUGGGCGGCACACAGACGGCGUGCUGUACCUGGGCUCGCGGGGAUCGCUGGCGGACACGCUGCCUCUGCACAUCGCGCCCCGCUGGUUCAGCGCACACAGCGGCUUCAAGUGUCCUGUUUGCUCCAAGUCGGUGGCGUCCAAUGAAAUGGAGGUUCACUUCAUCAUGUGUCUCAGUAAGCCUCGUCUCUCCUACAACGAUGACGUGCUGGCAAGAGAUGCAGGCGAGUGUGUAAUCUGUCUGGAGGAGCUGCAGCAGGGAGACACCAUCGCCAGACUGCCGUGCCUCUGCAUCUAUCACAAAAGCUGUAUAGACACGUGGUUUGAGAUCAACCGCUCCUGCCCUGAGCAUCCUUCUGACUGACCUCCAUUCCCUCAUACUACUGCUGAGAAAGGGCACUUUAUGGACCUCCACCUGGCUAUCCGGACACUGAUGUAACCAAAUAAAACAAUCAGUCCUAUUUAUUCGAUCAGAACGGAUCAAACCCGCGUCGAUGGCGACGCGAAAAAACCAAAUAGAAGAACAGAAACACACCUUCGGGUGUUACUUUCACACGUAUCCCACAAACCCCCCUUGCCUGCUAUAUACUAGCUAGCGUCCGUGCUACCCGCUAACUGCCCCUCAUUUUAGCGACCGGCGCUGGACCUUUGUCCCCUGGAGUCUCGGGUCUCCGAGGUUCUCCCCGCGUUCCUCUGACGCACCCGUCCAACAGGAAGACGGACAAAGGGCUCACGGCUGGAGGAGGGGGCGGGGUCACACGGAGCCAUUUGGAUGGCUAUGCCAAUAUGUGGAAUAUGCUGAUUUAGAUGGGUGUCGCUUGUGCUUCGUGUUGUCCUUAUUUGGAAAUGGGGGUGUGGCAUGGGGGCGGGGUUAGGUGUAGAGGCAUACCGGGAUUACGGGCUUGGAAAUCGUGUGGGGGUGUGUGUUCUGUGCGCCAAAGCAAGGUGUGUGUGUGUGUGUGUGGUUUACAUUAUGCUGUGUUAUGAAUGUUUCAGUCUGAUGUGGGUGCAAGGGGGUUGUUUGCUUUGGGAAUUGAAAUUUCUCUUACUGAGUCACACAGGCCCGUUUAAUGAUUUUUCAUUUACAAUGUCACUCCAAUUCCUCCAACUGUGUGUGUGUGUGUGUGUGUGUGUGUGUGUGUGUGUGAGAGAGAAUGCUUGUACACAUCUGGAAAGCUGCUUAACGUCUGGAUGUGAAACCAUAGACGGACUGGUGUGAAACUGUUGCGAGAUACGAUCUUCCUCUCCUUUUUUUUUUUCCUUUCUCUUCUUUGUUUUUUGUUACAAUCCUGUGAGAAAACUCACACAAAAAGAAAAAAACUCUUGACGCUCCUGGAUGCCUCUGCUGUAUAAAGAACAUCCUCUGAUAGAAAAUGUGAGAAUUGUAAGAAAACAAAAUUAUAUAGACAUCUGCAAGGAAAAUAUGAUGGACAGAAACAGCCUAAAAAAGGACUGAUGAAUAAGGGGCGGGGCCUUACAAACCGACCAAUCGUGUGGCGGUCGGCCCCGAUCCCGCUGGUGCGACGAGGUCGCUUGUACUUCAUGUUAUCUUCUUUGGGAAACGUGUGAGGUGUGGGACGAGGACGGAGACAGGGAAAGUAGGAAAGGCGCACUUGGUGACGUCAGCGUGUCGCUGAGAGACGCUUCAGUUUCCUGCUUUUUUUUCAUUUCAUGUUUUUUUUUUUUUGUUUGUUUGUUUUUGGUUAAUACAUUUCUGGAGAUGUGAAUGGACGCCUGUUUUUAGGAUGUAAAAAAACUUAACUGUCUGAUGACUUUGAUGUGCAGUCUGUGGGCUGAGUAAUACUGAUGAUAUAUAUAAUUAAAAAACUCAAAACAAUGGA